AAAGAGAGAGAGACAGAAAGCAGCUCUUCUUCCUAGGCUGUCUUAAACUGUUUCUCUUGUGGAUGUUUUCACAGCUCACAUCUGCUCUGAAGAAGAUCAUAAAGCAGAGAGAAAAAGACGAAUAGGAAAAUUUAAAAGCCAUAUAUGUUCUUCUCCUGUUUGUUUUUUUGGAGCACUUGCAAGCCUGUUCUGGAGAGUAAGUAAGAUUUGGACUGAGUUGGCUUGACAGCCACCCUAGAGGGGACAGGUUGUCAUGGUAACUGACCACGGUGGACUGACCCUAGCAUGCUGGAUGGUGACCGGAGAUAGACUCAGCGUAUCGAGGCAGUGAAAGUGACAGUGAAGAAGGAGGCAGGAGAGCUCAUGGAGAGGAUGGAGGACGGCUUUUCCAGCUAUAGCUCUCUCUAUGACACCUCCUCACUGCUGCAGUUCUGUAAUGAUGACAGUGCGUCGGCGACAAGCAGCAUGGAGGUGACGGACCGACUCGCGUCUCUGGAGCAGCGUGUUCAGAUGCAGGAGGACGAGAUUCAGCUGCUUAAGUCAGCUUUAGCCGACGUGGUGAGGAGACUCAACAUCUCAGAGGAGCAGCAGGCCAUGCUGAGUAGAAAGGGACCAACCAAAGCCAGGCCGAUGAUUGCAGCACUGCCACUGAAGCCUACAGUCCACAACGGCAAUAUCUUACCAAAGAAAAGCGCCAUGCUGGUGUCACCCUCAGGUUCCAAGAAAGACAACAUCACACCAGCGACCAAAAGUGUGUCCAGUCUGUUCAGCUCAUCCAAGUUUCCUCUCAGACCACCCUACAGCACUGUGAAAAGAACAAGCUCAUCAGAGCAAGUGGGUCCUAGCAGUAGGAAAGAUGGUGGAGGUGAAGUCAAGAGUAACCGCAUACGCACUGCCUCAACUGGAAGCAACCCAAGCAGCAAGAGAGCCAGUGAGAGCAAACAGAGGGAGCCUGUCUUCAGUGCUGACGAAGGGUACGUGAAAAUGUAUUUAAAAGGAAGACCCAUCACCAUGUACAUGCCAAAGGAGCUGGUGGAUACGUACUGUCUUGAAGCAAAAGCCGAUCUGCCUGCUAAGAAACUGAAGCUGGACUGGGUCUAUGGCUACCGGGGCCGUGACUGUCGUUCCAAUCUCUACCUGCUCCCCACUGGCGAGACGGUUUAUUUCAUUGCCUCCGUGGUGGUGUUGUACAAUGUUGACGAACAACUGCAGAGACAUUACACUGGGCAUACUGAUGACAUCAAAUGCCUAGCUGUCCAUCCUGAUAAAAUCACCAUAGCAACAGGACAAGUGGCUGGAACCUCUUCAGAUGGCAAACAGUUAGCUCCUCAUGUCCGUGUUUGGGACUCUGUGAGUCUAAACACUUUGCACGUUCUUGGGGCUGGCUUUUUCGACAGGGCUCUUGUGUGCCUCGCCUUCUCUAAGUCGAAUGGGGGCAGCUGGUUGUGUGUAGUAGACGAUUCCAACGACCACGUCCUCUCAGUAUGGGACUGGCAGCGAGAAGAGAGACUUGCUGAUGUUAAGUGUUCCAAUGAGUCAAUCUUUGCUGCUGAUUUCCAUCCAACGGAUGCAAACAUAAUUGUAACGUGUGGGAAGUCCCAUCUUUGCUUUUGGUCACUAGAAAAGGGCUCCCUUCUAAAGAAACAGGGGCUGUUUGAGAAACAAGAGAAGCCCAAGUUUGUCUUGUGUGUGACUUUUUCUGAAAAUGGUGACACCAUCACUGGUGACUCCAGUGGAAAUAUACUUGUAUGGGGCAAAGGCUCUAAUCGCAUUACUUUGCCCAUUCUGGGUGCACACGAAAGCAGCGUCUUCGCACUGUGCAUGCUGAGAGAUGGCACAUUGGUUUCGGGUGGAAAAGACCGUAAGCUGACUUCCUGGGAUGGAAACUUCCAGAAGAUUCAUAUGGUGGAGGUUCCUGAAGUGUAUGGGCCUAUUCGCACAAUUGCUGAAGGAAAAGGAGAAACGAUUCUCAUUGGAACAACCAAAAACUACAUCCUGCUGGGAAAUCUGAAUGGGGAUUUCACCCCUAUUACACAGGGACAUACUGAUGAGUUAUGGGGCUUAGCUGUGCACCCACUGAAGCUGCAGUUCCUCACCUGUGGUCAUGAUAAACUGGUCAGUUUGUGGGACUCUGAAUCCCAUCAGCCACUCUGGACCAAGACACUGGAGGAUGCUGCACAGUCUGCAGGCUUCCAUCCUUCUGGAGCAAUCGUUGCCAUAGGAACACAGACUGGCAGGUGGCUUGUUCUGGAUACCGAAACUAAGGAUCUAGUCACAGUUCAUACAGAUGGAAAUGAACAGCUCUCAGUUAUGCGUUUUUCUCCAGAUGGUAAUUUCCUUGCCAUUGGGUCACAUGACAAUUACAUCUACAUUUAUGCGGUGGCUGAGAAUGGCAAGAAGUACAGUCGAGUGGGAAAAUGCUCAGGUCACUCCAGCUUCAUAACUCAUUUAGACUGGUCAACAGACUCUCAGUAUCUGGUAUCCAACUCUGGAGACUAUGAGAUACUUUACUGGAUCCCUUCUGUGUGUAAGCAAGUAGUAAGUGUGGAAACUACCCGAGAUAUCCCAUGGGCUACCUUUACCUGCACGCUGAGCUUUCAUGUGUUUGGCUUGUGGCCAGAUGGUUCUGAUGGGACAGACAUUAAUGCCGUGUGCACUUCCAGUGAGAAAAAGCUUCUCGCCACUGGGGACGAUUUUGGAAAAGUGCACCUUUUCUCAUUCCCCUGCUCUCAAUCCAGAGCCCCUAGUCAUGUCUAUGGUGGUCACAGCAGUCACGUCACCAGUGUUAACUUCCUGUUUGAUGACAGCCAUUUGGUGUCCACCGGCGGCAAGGACAUGAGUGUAAUGCAGUGGCGUGUAAUUUAAAGAACUACUGACAGCAUAUGUGAAAACCGACUGGGAUUAUUCGCAUUUCUGUUAGAUUGGAAUGAACUCAUUUGAAGGUUUUUCCUGUGUAAUGAAGUAAGGCAGGCCAGUUUAAGCUAUUGUUUGCAAUUUGCUGAAACACAAAGCCAGCGUUCAAACUAAGCUUACUGUCUCAUCUGCCAUGAAGACGGCAUCUGACAAACACAACCCACAUUUACCUUGGAGUGAUGAAUAUGAAAAACUUUUCUACACAUGAUGCAUUUUAUGUGAUGCCAAAGCUGACAAAUUUGUCUUGAAACUGUUACAGCAGACAGUGGUGUAUGACUCCACCAUCUGGCCUCAAGAAGUAUUGCAACCAUGGCUGUACUAAUGAAUUUCAGUGAGAAGUCUCCAAAACUUCCUGAACUGUUCGCUCUUCCUUUAAAGAGACAUUGUGUAUAUAAAAGAAGCGAAACAGCAGGAACUUGCAAAACACAACAACGGCACUGUGAUUUAACAAAAACAACAACAAAAAACUUUGACAACACAAAAGCUUAUACUGUAGCUUUAGGGUACUAAGAUCAUCAUAAAUGUGCUCUCUAUUAAGAAUUAAUGAAGUGUCUUAACUCACUGCAGGUUCAUGAAAAUGGUGAGCUUUCUUAAGUAUUUAACCCCACCCUGCCACGCCCCCUUACAUUGUGUAGUGUUACAACCUCUGCAAAUUGGACUCAUUUAGCUCAGUCAGUAGUUGAAUUAAUUCAGUAUUCUUAAAUAUUAUGUGUGUUUUGUGUACAUUUACGACAUAAUUUCAAUCAAUUCCCUUUCAUUUCCAGGUUGUAACACUACAAAAAUUGUACAGUUCAAGGGGGUGGUGUCAAUAAUUAUGCAAUACACUGUAUUUCAUUCAUUUCUGAAGGUCUCACAGAGCAAACUGUCAUCAUGUGGAUUAGAUAAAACACUACUAACAAUAAUUUUUAAAUCGGUUAAUGUAUUAUAGUUAUUUUAAACUACUCUAUGCUGAACUGUCUCUCCACUGCCUGAUGGCAAUAACCAUGCUUCAUUUCUUUUGCACUGAAAAAAAAAAACGGAGAAACUCAUCAGGGUUUUUAAUGACUGUAGUUAGUAUAUCAAUUCUGUCUUAGCAUGCACAGGUUUGGGUGUAUUUUUUAAGACUUUUCCAUUCAGACUUUCAUUUGCGUAUUGAUUUUCAUGUAGCAACGAUGUAAAGAUUUUGUUUUAAAAAAUAUGAGUGUUACAAUUUUUUAAACAUUGAUGAGUAGGCUGAACUUGAACGUUACAUAUGAAUGAAUCAGUAGCUACAGUAUGAUGGUAUUAGGCAUGUUACUGGCAAUUUACAGUAAGUAGAUGAUUGUUGCAGAAUGCAUAAUAAAAUGUCAAACAAAAA